GACUUUCCUCUGUCUGCCCCUCCCUCGCUGCGAAGAUGGCGCUCUCCAGAGUGUGUUGGGCUCGGGCUGCUUUGUGGGGUUCGGCGGUGCCCCCUGGACUCUAUGUCGUCCGGAGGCUGCAGUUUGUUCGCUCUGGCCUGACCUGGGGGGCCCCUCGGUCUUCAAAGCUUCAUCUUUCUCCAAAGGCAGAUGUGAAGAGCUUGAUCUCUUAUGUGGUGACCAAGACAAAAGUGAUUAAUGGGAAAUACCAUCGUUUCUUGGGUCGUCAUUUCCCCCGCUUCUAUGUCCUGUAUACAAUCUUCAUGAAAGGAUUACAGAUGUUAUGGGCCGAUGCCAAAAAGGCUAGAAGAAUAAAGACAAAUAUGUGGAAACAUAAUAUAAAGUUUCAUCAACUUCCAUACCGGGAGAUGGAGCAUUUGAGACAGUUUCGUCGAGACGUCACCAAGUGUCUUUUCCUAGGUAUUCUUUCCAUUCCACCCUUUGCCAACUACCUGGUCUUCUUGCUAAUGUACCUGUUUCCUAGGCAACUGCUGAUCCAACAUUUCUGGACCCCAAAGCAACAAAUUGAUUUCUUAGAUAUCUAUCAUGCUCUCCGGAAGCAGUCCCACCCAGAAAUCCUUUGUUAUUUAGAAAAAGUUGUCCCUCUCAUUUCUGAUGCAGGACUCCAGUGGCAUAUGACAGAGUUGUGCGCCAAGAUGCAACGUGGUACCCACCCAGCAGUACAUGAUAUCCUGGCUUUGAGAGAGUGUUUCACUAACCAUCCUCUGGGCAUGGACCAGCUCCGUGCUUUGCAGAUGAAAGCCUUGAGUCGAGCCAUGCUUCUCACACCUUAUCUGCCUUCUGUCUUAUUGAGACACCGUUUAAAGACUCACACCACUGUAAUCCACCAACUGGACAAGGCUUUGGCAAAGCUGGGAGUUGGCCAGCUGACUGCUCAGGAGGUAAAGUCGGCUUGUUAUCUUCGUGGCCUGAAUUCCACCCAUAUUGCUGAAGAGAGGUGUCGAACUUGGCUGGGAGAAUGGCUACAGAUUUCCUGCAGCCUGAAAGAAACUGAGCUGUCCCUCUUGCUACACAACGUGGUCCUGCUUUCCAUCAACUACGUUGGGUCAAGGCGCUGAGUGGACAGGCAUGAAGUGGCUGGCAUCAUCCUGCAGUCACAGCCCAGCAGCGUGGGACCAAACAGCACUUGUCAGCGAAGUCUGUGUGCACUGUUAAGUGUGUGGGAGACAGAGGAACCUGUGCCAUGGGCUUCACGGCGUGGUGCCCACGUGGGAGCUGGAACUGAAAGAAACCCUCUUAGUGGGGUGGCCCAUGAGAGGUGCCAUCCCAGCUUCCUCAGAAUUCGCUGGAGCUGGCAGUAGCCUCUCUACUGGUCUUAACUGUGCUGUUUUAUCAGAUCCUGGGAGGCCGAGCUUUUGCCCCAGGAGGGAAUCCUCACUUGGCCUGGGACUCACUCGCUGCUCUAAUCUUCACAGCUGUUUUUGUUCAAGACAGGUCCUGGCUGGUGAGGGGAGGAGCACUGCUUAUACUGGAGCCUUUACAUCCACGCAUGUACUUGGAUGCCCCCAACACUUUGAUAUGACCAAAAAUAGGGAUUUGUUGCUUCUGUUGUUCCCCUCACUGGGGAACUGGAAUAACCACUUCCUGUUUUUUCAAAUCCUUUGAGCACUUUUUUUUUCUGUAAGUGAAUAACUUACAGGAACAUUCUAAUGGAAAAGAUAAAAGGAAAUAACAAGCGCUUCUUGACUUUCUCCCCAAGUGUUUACAGCCUUCACUUCCCUUGUCUUAAUUUCUGGGCUGUACUACAGCCCCUUUGGAUCUUCAAUUCUUUGCUACCUCCACUGUGUUGCAGCGAUCCAUCUGUAACUGAUAGUGGCUGCCUUCUUUGGUCCAUGGAUCAGUCCUGUUAAGGUACUAAUCACUGCCCAGCCCCAGAGGUCUACACUGAGAUAGUUAAGUUGGGUUCAGCUUUUCUCUGUGUAUAUCAGUGACCUGUAGUAACUUAUUGUAAAUGCAUGAAGUACUGUUUCUAAACUCAAGUAAAGACUGCCUGAAACCA